GAAAGGUACUUAUCCUAAAUUACCCACCUGGCUCAGUCAGUGAAUACUUGUAGGUAGUCAUGUGGUAAGUUGCUUUGGAGAGAAGCGUCAGAUUAAUGCAUUAUGCUUUUUUUUUAAAAAAUGUGUUUCUUUGACAAGCACAAAAGUGACUCUCUAGAUCUACUAUAGUAUCUCUAUUCUUGACUGUAAUAUAAUAUGGUAAUGUAACAGGCAGAAAUGCAGAACCCAAGUAGCGGUCAUUGACACAACCACAUUAUCAAUCUAACUUUUUUUUUCCUGAGUUUAUGCAGUGUUGUAAGAUUUGGAAGAAGAGAAAAGCGAUGCAGUGUCAGGUUGUAAAUCUGAGUGCUAGACGGACGGACAGGUUGACAAGGGUUAUAAAGGUCGGAAAAGGAUGACGGUAAGGUUGCUGCUGUGGUCAGUGAAUUAAAUCACGAGGUUGGUGACACAAAUCUUUUUCUUUUUUUUUUUUUCUUCCCCUCUUUCUCUUUUGUGCAGUGAAAUGAGCUCUGCAGCUUCUGCCAGAGGACCUUCUCUUGGGGGACAGACGAGAAGAUGCUGACAUCAUUUGGCCUGGUUCCUCAGGGGCUCCGUGAAGCUGCGUUACCAUGGUGCAGACGUCAGAUGGGUCCUGGAGAGUCCUCUCAGGCGCCCUGCCCCCUCCUGCCCUGAGGCAGAGAAUUUAGUGCAAGACAAGCCAUGAGGGGUGGCACAGAGAGGAUGCUGCAAGAAGUGGAACGGAGGUCUCACGGUGGACGGUUAAGAUGGACGAGAGAGUUUGUCCUCCUGAAACAGACGUCACGGUGCAAGAGAACAACACUAUUGGCUCCAUCGUUACCACGUUCAACAUUCUGGAUGGAGUGACACUUACCGUAACCACAAACCCGAUGGAUGCUUUCGAAAUGAAAGGUCAAAAUCUAGUGACCACAAAAGUUCUAGAUUAUGAGGAUUUGCCACCAUCCGGAUCAGUUUUAAUAGUUAUUAUUGCUUGUGAAAAAUCUUCUUCUGUUGAAACGAUGAGGGUUAUCGUCAUUGUUGAAAAUGUGAACGACAACCCGCCCGUGUUUGAAAAGAGCCACUUCACCAUCAGCGUCAACGAGCUGACACCCAAAGGAACGAGUGUCGCCAGGAUUGAAGCCGAAGACCUUGACAGUAGCACUCUUUACUACCACCUGGAGCCGGAAAUGGAUGCUUAUUUCAGUCUAGAGUCUUCAACCAACCCAAACAUAUUAGUGGCCAAGCACUUGGAUUAUGAUAUUAUCCAGAGGGAGACCAUGGUCAUACAUGUACAGGAUUCUCCAGAGGGCGGUUUGGAUGUUUUCUCCUCCUCAGCAACCAUUACCAUCAACAUUGUAGACAUAGACAACCGUCCGCCAUGGUUCCAGCCCUGCACCGAAAUGAUGGUGGACUUGGCAAAAAUCUGUAUAAACUCCGGCUACAGGGGCACGGUCAACUUGACCGAGCAGGCGAGCGGUCCCCUUACACUCCUGCCAAGCCCCGUGUACGCUGUUGAUGGCGAUACGUCAAGGAAUGAAGCCAUUGGUUACAGUAUAAUUGGAGGAAAUGAAGAUGGCAUAUUUGAUAUCAGUCCAAACAAUGGGAACGUUACCAUGCUGAAGGCUGCAGAUGUACCGGGACCGAUUAUUUUGACUGUUCUGGCAGUCCAGGUGGUGAACAGCAAUCAGUUUGCCACCACGACCGUGGUCUUCACCGUGGUGAAGAGGAGCAUUCAUCCUCCGAAGUUUGUGAAGCAGCGCUACGACGGCUACAUCUCCAGCGACUCGGAGCUGGGCAGCAUGGUGCUGGAGAAGAACUCCCAGAGGCCCUUGCGAGUCCAGGCAACGGAUGAAGACUUUGCCAGCGGCAUAAAUCCGGACAUGGUGUACGAGAUUCCGAACAGCAACGACUUCGCUGUGACUGCGGAAGGGUUUGUGCUUUCGAAGAAAGAUGUGACGCCAGGCACAGUUGACUUCCAAAUCCGAGCUGUUGACUCUUCCAAUGGCGAGGCGGAUACUGCCGCAAUAUACGUGGAAGUUCUGCCAGAGGGAUCCACCGUACCAACAGGACUGUACCACAUGGAGGACAUGGCGGCCCUGGGCGCCAGCCUUGCAGCUGUGGUACUGCUCUGCUUGGUUGUCAUUGGCCUCCUCGCCUUCCGCAUCAGGAAAGGCAAAGCCGACUGGCAGAAGCUAACAGAGGCCACCAUUUUCCGCAGCGCUUUUGCCCGGGGAUCCACUGGCCCGAAGGAAGGCCUGGAGUACACCAAUGACGGCUUCCAGAACGAUGGUGACACUGGUAGCCUGUCCAAAGUCCCGCAGGAGAUUGACCUCAGGCUGGACACCAUGACGGGAGCAAAAGCCAAGGAGGCAUCGUCCCCAGAGAAGACGACCCCAGUGACCUCCCAGUCGCAGUUCAAUACCUUCCUGCAUGACACCGGCAGCCUGGCCGGGUCCGAGAAGGCUGACAGCGAGAAGGAGGUGAAGCCCAUCCUCACCAAGGAGCGGAGGAACGAGGACGGUUACAAGUCCGUGUGGUUCAAGGAGGACAUCGACCCUGGUGCCAAAGAGGAGGUGGUGAUCAUCCCCGACAAUGGGGAGCAGGAGGAUGAUGACGACGACGACGACUCGUUUGAGGGUGAGCACUCCCCUGUUACUGUGCCUAAGGUGAUGUUCGCAGAUGGGCAGAAGGAUGAGAAAAAGGCAGAUAAAAACAGGGCGUCGGCACUGGAGGAAGAAGAUGGGAUGGACCUUUAAGACUUUUCAGGGUUUGUUUUUCUGCACAUUGGCUGAUUAACAACUUUAGCUUUAUUGCAGGUUGUAAAGUUGUUAGAUGCUGACCCUUAGCCGCUUAUCCUCAGAAUUUCAGGACAGAUACUUCAGGCAAUACUUAUUGUUCAACUUCCUUAUGGCUUCAUGGUAUGUAAAACUUAUUUAGACAUUAUCUCUAGUAAUUCAGAUAUUUGCUUCAUUGCCAAACUAACACUUAGAUAGCAUACACUUGAACGGGGCCAAAUCUACUUUUAUAGCACAUCUAACAGGUGUUUAUAAAUAACUUUUAAAGUAGCUGCCCAUAUGACUUUUCGUGA